UAUAACAGAAAUAAACAACAAUUAUUGCAAGUGCAUAAUAACAAUAAUAAUUGUUGCUGUUAACGCUGUCGUCAACGUCGCCGCGCUGAAAUUCUACCGCAGCUUAAGCUGGAAAGGUUGACAUUUCCUUAGCCAUAUUGUAUGUGUUAGCUGCAGCGCUGCUGCUGUUUUUGUUGAUAUCGCCGUUGUUGCACUAGUGCGGAACAUCAACAAAGAUGACACCGGCUGCCGCGAUCGUUCGGUGCCUUAGAUGCUGUCUUCUAUUGGCAAUGUUUUGUGCCUUCACAUGGACCUUCAAUCUGGAGCAAAGGCAGCCGCUUAUCAAAUACGGCCAUCCACAUUCAUAUUUUGGCUACUCGCUGGCCACGCACACAAUCGGCGAAAUCAAAUCGUCCAACAAGACAAAAUGUUUGCUUGUAGGCGCUCCACUGGAUCGAAAUAAACAGCCAAAUACCACGCAAUCGGGGGCUUUAUACAUGUGUCCGAUCAGCACGGACUUCAACGAUUGCGAACAGAUCAUAACGGAUGGCCGACGAUCAUCUGGCGGAGCUUAUGAACCUACCUACGAUGUCGACGAACUAGUACCGCCAUCUAGCGACGAGAUCAAAGAGGGUCAAUGGAUGGGCGUAACUGUACGCUCCCAAGGAUUAGCCAGCAAAGUGCUCGUCUGUGCUCAUCGCUAUGUGACAAUACAGCGAGAAAAUCGCUAUGGACAGGGCCUCUGCUAUGUGCUGACCAACGAUUUACAGUUCGACGAGGUCUACGAGCCCUGCAAAGGACGCCCCACUCAGAGGCAACACGAGGACUACGGCUUCUGCCAGGUGGGCACCUCGGGCGCCCUGCUGGAUGACAAUACCAUGGUGCUGGGCACUCCGGGCCCCUUCACUUGGCGCGGCGCCAUUUUUGUGACGGAGGUCGGUGGCGAGUAUCUGCAGCGGGAUAAGAACAUGUACUACAGUGAUCACUCGGAUGCCUCGUCGCCCGUGGACAAGUACAGCUAUCUGGGCAUGGCCGUAACGGGCGGUCGCUACUUUGGCGAGAAGAUGUCUUAUGCGGCUGGCGCGCCACGCUCGAACGGCCACGGUCAGGUGGUCAUCUUCGACAAGGCCAACACGAGUCCCAUACCAGUGCACAUGAUCAUCGACGGGGAGCAGUUCGCCUCCAGCUUUGGCUACGAGCUGACUACGGUGGACAUAAAUGGGGAUCAGAAGCCAGAUCUGGUUGUAGCGGCGCCCUUUUACUUCUCCAAAAACGACGGAGGCGCUGUCUACAUAUAUCAGAAUGAAAAUGAUAUGCUGCCCAAGAAGGCGACUCUGCGUCUGACCGGCGCCCUGGAGAGUCGCUUCGGCCUGGCCCUGGCCAACAUUGGGGACCUCAACAAGGACAACUGCGACGAUUUGGCCGUGGGCGCACCCUACGAGGGCGACGGCGUUGUCUAUGUCUAUCUCGGCUCGCGUCAGGGCCUCAACGAGAAGCCAUCGCAACGCAUCCAAGCCUCCGAGCUGGGUCGCAAUCUGCCACAGCCCAUAACCAACUUUGGCAUCUCCAUUGCGGCCAAUACGGAUCUCGAUGACAAUUCGUAUGUGGACCUGUUGGUGGGCGCGCCGCCAGCCGUUGUAGUUCUGCUCGCGCGACCCAUCAUCAACAUUCAGACGUCGUACCGUAGCACCGAGCUGCGUAACAUCGAUCCGAAUCGGGCUGGUUGUCGCGAGGAUGUCUCCACGAAUCUGACGUGCUUCACCUUCGAGGCAUGCAGCAGCAUCGAUCCGCACGAGCAGCAGAGCAACGAGCUCAACCUCACCUACACCGUCGAGGCGGAGACCUUUGAGCACAACAAGAAGUUCGCUCGCGUCUAUUUCGACAGGGACAACAAGCGCAGCAAUGUGAUUAGCCGCAAGGUGCGAGUCCCCACGAACGGACGCCUCGAAUGCCAACGGAUCACGGGCUAUAUCAAGGCCAAUACGCGAGACAUCCAGACGCCGAUACGGUUCCGCCUGGACUGUAAGCUGGAGGAGCAGGAACUCGCCGAUUCACCUCUAACGCGGCUCAAUCCCAUUCUGGAUCAGACGCAGGCCUACAUCGAGUUCGAGGGCACGUUCCAAAAGGAUUGCGGCGACGACGACCAAUGCGAAAGUGACUUGCGACUCAGCGCGGAGCCGAAUCUGACGGCCGAGGAUGGUAAGUACGCACUGAUACAGGGCAACAAGACGGAACUGGAGAUCACGGUGAACGUGAGCAACCUGGCGGAUUCGGCUUAUGAGGCGCAGCUCUUCAUUGUGCAUCAGAAGAGCGUCUCCUACAUAGCGACCAAGAAGCCGACGAAUGCAACGUGCAACAGCUUUAACGAGACUAUGGUGGCCUGCAGCUUGGGCAAUCCGAUGCUGAGAGGCACCAGGAUAGAUGUGACGAUACGCUUCGAUCCGAACAGCUUGGAGCUGCAGCAGACGGAAAUGCAGUUUCAUAUCUUUGCGAACACCACCUCCAAGCUGGUGGGUCCACAGCUAUCUGAGCGCAAUGUGACAGUGCAUGUGGUGCGGCGAGCGGAGCUAACAGUUCGCGGCUGGGUCAAUCCAGAGCAGAGCUUUUACAGUGGCGCCUCCAAGCUGCAAGAUUCGCCCAUGGAGCUGAACGAUGUGGGCUCGCCGCUGGUCCACACCUAUUCCAUCUUUAACGAGGGUCCCUCCGCGGCGCCCAAGGUGCAGCUGCUUAUAUAUGUGCCGCUGAUGCUGGAGAGCGGGCAUGACAAGGAUCUGGAGCAGGGCAAAGUUCAGUACUUGCAAUAUCUGGAGGAGAAGCCCAGCAUAGAAACAGGCCAAGGCGAAUGCACUGUGGCCCCCGAAUAUAUCAAUCCACUGAAGCUGGCCUCCAAGGCGGCCAGCAAUCUGCGUAGCGCGCCCUACCUGAUGGCUCCCGCAGCCAUGAAAAAGUCGCCCUCGCAUCGCCAGCAGCAGCUGAAUAAGACGCACAGCUUUGUCCAGACGCAGCACUGGAGCCAGCAGAAGUCUAGCCAGGAGCACGGCCUAGCGAAUCGACUGCCGCGCAGCACUUUCGAACGAAUUGUGAGACCCGAACGAUUCAUGGACGGACGCGACUCCGGCGUCAAGAGCAAGGCACAGCAAAUUGUGGAGCUCAACUGCGACAAGUUCACGGCGCACUGCAUCAAGAUUCAGUGCGAGUUCUAUGCGAUGCAAGCCAAGACCGAGGCACAAGUGACGCUUAAGGCGCGGCUAUGGAACUCGACGCUGGUCGCCGAAUAUCCCCGCGUCGAUCUAGUGCGUAUCAUAUCCACGGCCAUGGUCAAAAUACCGAAGGACUUUCACGUCGAGCAGGUGGAGAACAACGACAAUAUUUUGGUGGAGACACGCGCCUAUCCCGAGCUUCUAGACCAACAGCGCGAGAGCUUUCCGGCGUGGAUCAUUGUGUCCGCGGUGCUGGGUGGCUUGCUGCUGCUCGCCAUCUUUACGUAUGUGAUGUGGAAGUGCGGAUUCUUUAAGAGGCAGCGGCCAACAGAUCUGACGCUCAGUGGAAAUCUGGAGAAGAUGAAUGAGGAGAAGCCCUUCCUUGCUGCCAAGAGUGGCCAUAAUGUUUUCUAACAAGAGGGU